UUGCUUCCAACCGUAUAUAACAAGUCAUUGAACUUUCCUACCUCCCUUCUCCUGCAGAUUGACCCAUUUUAUUAAUAAAAACAAUGCAUAUAGUGGAAGAGAGGCACAGCACAAUUGCAGUAGAAGAGGUGUAUCAUAAUCCUCCUCACCACCACCAUGGUGUGCCUCAGGUAUUUGUUGUCAAUAACGAGCCUUCAGCUCCACCGGCACCGGCGGCACCACCUGCUCCACCACCCAUUACUGUCGUUAAUACUAAUGUGUAUCUAAACCGUGAAGAAUACGUCACAGGCUAUGCAGUGGCACCACCACCACCUCUUCUUCUUCUUCCUCCUCCUCCGCCGAGUCUUCCAUUUUGUGGAAUGGGUGUUGGCUGGUUUCUGUUUAUAGUGGGGUGGUUUCUGUGUGGCAUCCCUUGGUACGUUGGGGCAAUUAUUCUACUUUGUUCCAAAGUGGAUCCUCGGGAGAGACCUGGAUACAUUGCCUGCGCCAUUAUUGCUAUUGUAAUCACUAUUUUAGCCAUCAUCAUGGCUGCAAAAGGGAAAUGAUCAUCCAUCAUCUUCAAUGUCUGGCCAGUUUUUUCUUUUGUUUCUCUUCUAAUUUUCAAACAAAGACAAUCACAUUACUCUCUUUUUUCUUUUCCCUUUUUUUCAGUAUGAUAAUAUUUAGUUUUCUUGAGACUUUAUGUAAUUUAAUCAAUAUAUAUCAAUGCAAUAUGUCGGUGAUAUUUUUUUUAAAAAAGUG